GGUGUCCGAAUUUAUUCCGUGCAGUGUCAGAAUUACACAGGAGCAGACCACUUCUAUCAGACCAUAGCCAAGGUCACCGGAGGUCACUACCUAAAACUUGCCCAGUUCACCAAUAUCUUCGAUUUUAUCAUGUCGAUCUGCUACAGAGAAAAAGGCUCUGAAUUUUUACAGGAUUACGAAAAGGAAGUGAGGGCAAGAGAAGCUACCACGGGAAUUAACAAAGAUUUGGACUCGUUAUUUGGAGUUCUCCGGCGGACUGACAGUAGCCAUGACGUCACAGAGACGGAUACAACUGUAACAAAACCUCCACCUCCCAUCAAAAUGCCUUCCCUCACAAAAGUCUCGUCUGUAACAAGUAUGAAGAAAAAGUUAGGAAAACCAUCGUUGGGAUCAAAGCCUACCCGAACAGGAAAGCCUCGCACAAAAACAGUUUCACCAAAACUGAGAAGGGAAAAUGUGUCUGAAUCCAACUUUUCUCUGUCGGGCCGAAAAUGGAGCGCGUGGCAAACCUGUCUGUCAUGUGAUAAAACUGAUAGUGAACUUUGGGAUAAAAGAAAUGGCACCCAUCUUGGUUACAGAAGGAAAGAAAUAUUUGAUGGGAAACUGACAAGGCCUUCCAUUUACGAGUUUUCAGUUCAAACAGCUCCUGGCCACAAAAGACAUAUAAUGUAUUCCAAAAUUUGUCAUGGACUUACCUCUCCACAUAAAUGGGAACAUCGUCUUCUCGGACAGAAAGAUAUUCGAAGUCAGAUUGAGGAAAUUCUCUCGAAAGGCUGCUGCGUUGCUGUAAGGAGACUGAAACUUGUCAACCGAAAACCAACCAAAGCCAACACAUUGAACUCCUUACGUCGUUACGACUACGCCUGGCGACGCCACGGCAGUCUGAGAACAGGUCAUAGACCUGUAGUUAAAGGAACGGUCCAGAUCUCUAAUGACGCAUUCUGA